UCCUCUCUAUAAAAAGGAAGCCACAGGCUUCCUGAUCUUGUCAUCCACACAAUAAACAAAGUGACCAUGGCAUUAUUCUCAUCUUCCAUGAGGGUUUGGCGUAGUGUGUUGUCUUUCAUUGUUGCAGGUCUCAGCUAUGGCGUCUAUCACAGUACUGAAGCUUCUCACCAUUAUUCUCACCAAAAUAUUCAUCAAACUCAUUCCCUUUUCUCCAACAAUCAACCUUAUAGAACUGCUUUUCACUUUCAACCUCACCACAAUUGGAUGAACGAUCCUAACGGACCAAUGAGAUACAAGGGAGUGUACCACAUGUUCUACCAACACAACCCAAAAGGGGCGACAUGGGGCAACAUAGCGUGGGGCCACUCGGUGUCACGUGACCUCGUGAACUGGGCCCCACUACCACUUGCUCUCUCCCCAGCAGAGUCUUAUGACAUCAAUGGCUGCUGGUCUGGUUCAGCUACCAUCCUCCACGGGCAGGGACACAGUAAUAAGCCUGCGCUGCUCUACACAGGCGUUGGUCCUAACCAGAAGCAGACACAGAACUUGGCUCUUCCUCUCAACCUCUCUGACCCUUUUCUAAGGGAUUGGGUUAGGUCUCCUCUUAACCCUCUCAUUGCUCCUACCUCUCUUACUCAGAUCAAUGCUACGUCUUUUAGGGAUCCUACCACUGCUUGGCUUCCCCAUGAUGGCUUCUGGAGAAUCUUAGUAGGGAGUCAGAGAAGGGACAGGGGAAUAGCACUUCUAUUCAAAAGCAAAGACUUUGUUCAUUGGGUCAAAGCCAAACACCCACUUUACUCAGCCAAACACACUGGAAUGUGGGAGUGUCCUGAUUUCUUUCCAGUCUUCAUUAAUAGCACAUUUGGUGUUGAAACUUCAACACUUCAUGAUGAUCAUUUUAGGCUCAAGCAUGUUCUCAAGCUUAGCUUGAUUGAUCUUGCUCAGGAUUAUUACCUAAUCGGGUCUUACAAUGUAACCAGGGAUAGCUUUAUCCCGGAUAAGGGAUUCGAGGACACAGAAUUAUCCUCAAUCUUGAGGUAUGAUUAUGGCAAGUUUUAUGCCUCCAAAACGUUCUAUGAUGAUUCAAAAAGACGAAGGAUUUUGUGGGGUUGGGUUAAUGAAUCUUCCGCUAAAAAGGAUGAUAUCCAGAAAGGAUGGUCUGGGAUUCAGGCAAUCCCGAGAAGUGUUUGGCUGCAUAAAUCAGGAAAGCAAUUGGUGCAAUGGCCAAUUAAGGAAAUUGAGAAGUUACGAAGCAAAAACCCUCUGACGUGGCGUUCUAAAGUGCUUGAAGCUGGUUCUCUUCUCCAUCUCCCAGGCGUUACUGCAGCCCAGGCAGAUGUGGAAGUAACAUUCAAAGUGAAUGAGUUAGCAGAAAAGGCAAAAGAAUUGAAGCAAAUUGGUGGGAAGAGAAAAGUGACAGACCCACGAAGUUUAUGUGGGGAAAAAGGAGGAAUAGGACCAUUUGGAUUGUUGGUUUUGGCAUCAAAGGGAUUGCAAGAGCACACUUCAGUGUUCUUCAAAGUCUUCAAACUCAAAAUUGAUCACAACACCACCAAGUUAGUGGUGGUCAUGUGCAGUGACCAGUCGAGGUCUUCGUUGAACCAUGAGAAUGACUUGUCAUCUUAUGGUGCUUUUCUUGAUGUGGACCCUCUUCACCAAAAUCUUUCACUCCGCAGUUUGAUUGAUCACUCAGUGGUUGAAAGCUUCGGAGGAAAAGGGAAAGUGUGCAUCACAGCAAGAGUGUAUCCCACUUUGGCAAUCAAUGAUGAAGCUCACUUGUUCGUUUUCAACGAUGCAUCUUCCAAUCUCAACGUCACUACACUCACUGCUUGGAGUAUGAAGAAAGCACGUGUCAAUUCCAUAAAUUAAUAUCUAUGAUAUUAUAUUUAAUCUCUUUUAAUAGUACCUAUUUUGAUUUGGCUAACAUAUAUAUAUAUAUAUGUAGUUCCUAUCAUUAAUUAAUUAGCAAUAA